AUGAUGAAAUUUCAGAGACGCGUCAUAAUUAUGUUCUUCUUCGCCGUCUUUCUUGCCACGUGGCUAGUGUUACAGAUAUUUGAAAGAGACCCGUGCAGUAAAUCGCCCACCUCAGAGAGAAAACUGAUGGAAGUUAAUCCGCUUGAGCAAUCGACGGAUAAGCCGAAACUUUAUUGUGAACCGGUCAACAACAUUUUAUUUCUGAAGACGCACAAAACCGGUUCCAGUACAAUGACAAAUAUUUUAAAUCGUUACGGCGAUACCAAAGGUUUAAUCUUUGCCAUGCCUGCUGCUAAAAAGAGCUAUAGUUUCUACUGGCCUCUUUCCUUUUCACUCCGGUUUACACAAAUACUGCGGUGGAAAUCGCCAAAUAUCCUAUGUAAUCAUGCCAGAUACAACAAAGCACCAUUGAACUGGCUUUUUCCGAAGGAGACAACUCGCUAUGUUACACUGUUGAGGGAACCAACUCAGCAUUUCGAAUCUAUUUUUAACUUCUUUUUUCUCGGCAAGCGUUUCAAAGGAUUGGAAAAUGUUUCGUCGCCGCUGGAAAAGUUUCUUCAAAACGCGACGGCAUACCUUAGAGAAGCAAAUCAAACCAAAAACCCUGGUUUGUUAAAGUUGAUGAAAAAUCCAGCGUUGUUUGACCUUGGUCUUGACACAAAGUAUCAUGAUGAUCCUAUCAUAGUGCAGAACUACAUUGGAUUCCUACAGAAAGAAUUCGACCUUGUUAUGCUCAUGGAAUACUUCGAUGAGUCACUGGUGCUAUUAAAAAGACGACUUUGUUGGAAAAUCGAUGAUAUUCUGUACUUUAAACUCAACGAAAGGAGAAACACAGAUAAACAAAAUCUAUCAAGCGAUGUAAAAGAGAAAAUUGUGAAGUGGAAUUCUGGCGAUAAGCUUCUGUAUGAUACUUUCAAACGGGAUUUGUGGAAAAUGAUAGCAGAGGAAGGAGCAGAUUUUUUCAAAGAUCUCGUGAUCUUUCGAAGACAAUUAAAACUCAUCAAAAAGGCUUGUCUACAAGAGGGGGAUUUUCUGACCAAACCCUACGCUGGGAGACUGGUGCGAGGCUAUGCGGUGAAAGCUAACAUUUCUGAAAGUUUAAAUGAAUCUUGUGGUCGGAUGAUAAUGAAUGAGAUUCCAUACCUGGACUAUCACCGGGAAAAAUUGUCUCGACAACUUUUAGCUAUUGACAAACAUGAAAAUCAAAUUUGCAUAAAGCCAGUUGUUUAUCGCUUCACCUGGUUUUUCGCACGCAACUCCAAGCUCAAUCCAAAGAAAACGUCGAGAGGCUUGAGGCUAGCUGAUAUCAUGAGGGUGAGGUUUUACAAAAAAGCGUCAUGUUGUCUCGUCUUUUCCAUUGUCAUGCUGAUUUUCCUCUCGCUGCAACUUUACGAAGAAUAUGACGUUUUUACCUCUCGGAUGUCCGAGCGAGAACUUUCCAGCAGGGGAUCCGGUCUAGAUAGCCAGCCUCGCUCAUGUAAACCAGAGAGCAAUAUUUUAUUCCUGAAGACACACAAAACAGGAUCUAGCACUAUCACGAAUAUGUUAAACCGCUAUGGUGACAAAAAUGAUUUGAUAAUCACUCUCCCUGUAAAGAGCUUUUUAUUCCAAUGGCCAUCGUUAUUUCGUCUCUCGUUUGUAGAAUCCACCCAUGGCAAACCACCAAACAUCCUCUGUAAUCAUGCUCGAUACAACAAAGUUCCCAUGAACUGGCUUUUUCCUAAAGAGAAUUCACGCUACAUUACAAUUUUAAGAGAUCCAGUCAUGCAAUUCGAAUCCAUUUUUAAUUUUUUCCACAUGUGGUAUCGUUUUUAUGGACUACAACAGGCAUCUUUUAAGUUGGAAGCUUUCCUGGAUAAUUCCACGCUAUAUUUCGAUCAAAUUAAAGAAAAAGUUGGUAGAUAUAUAACUUUAAACUUAAUCAAGAACCCUGCAUUGUUCGAUUUAGGACUUGACACAGAUUUUCACGAAAAUCUAACUGCGGUGCGACAUUACAUCCAAUUUUUGGCACAGGAGUUUGACAUAGUUAUGCUUAUGGACUACUUCGACGAGUCACUAGUACUUCUAAAACGACGUUUCUGCUGGCAAUUCGAGGACAUUUUGUAUUUCAAACUCAACGAGAGAGGGAAGCAGCACGUUCGUAAUAACGCCCUUUCCAAAAAGGUCAGAAAACAGAUUAAGACGUGGAACGCAGGGGAUGUAUUAUUGUACGAUUACUUUAACCAAACGCUGUGGAGAAAGAUACGAGAGGAAGGUCCAGAAUUCUACCGUGACCUUUCCAUCUUUCGGCAAAAGUUAAAAGCCAUUAAGAGAGCUUGUGUACAAGAAGAAAAAGUUCUUACUCCGUUAAUUCCCAGACAGAGACUUUUCGUUCAUGGCUAUGCUUUGAGAAGUAAUAUUUCCAAAGAGCUGAACGACACUUGCCACAAGAUGACCUUGAAUGAAGUUCCAUUUAUGGAUUAUCAUCGUGACAAGAAGAAGAAAAAGUUUGACGCCAUUGACAUGUCUGUGAAUAAGCCAUAGUAUAUUAUCUAUUAUUAAAAACUGGAUCAUUGGAUAAUGCAAUUCAAGACUUUUUAUUGGCUUAGCCAU